ACAAAACUAAAAAUAAUAAAAAUAAAACCCAAAAAAAAAAAAAAAAGGAUCUCUGCAGACUUCUCCUCCUUCGUUGAUCAAUUCAAUACACAAAAUCACUCUCUCCCUCUCUCUUCCCAAUAAACGGACUUACAGAGAAAGAGGGUGGCGACGCCUAAGCAACACGUAGUACCAUAGAUACACAGAGAGAGAGAGACACGAAAUCAUUUUUUGUUCGUGGAGAUAGAGAAGCCGAUCUGAUCGCUUUUAUUGAAAAACAGAGAGAAAAAAUCUAUCUAUAAUAUAUAAAAGAAUGGGAACGCUUCAGACUUGGAGAAAAGCCUAUGGCGCUCUCAAAGACUCCACCAAAGUCGGCCUUGCUCAUGUCAAUAGCGACUAUGCGGAAUUGGACGUGGCAAUAGUCAAAGCAACCAACCAUGUCGAGUGUCCACCCAAAGAAAGGCACCUUAGAAAAAUCUUGGUUGCCACGUCAGCAAUUAGGCCUCGUGCCGAUGUUGCUUAUUGCAUUCAUGCUCUUUCCCGCCGAUUGGCGAAGACCCAUAAUUGGACGGUUGCAUUGAAAACACUGAUUGUCAUCCAUAGAUUAUUAAGAGAGGGUGAUCCUACUUUCAGAGAAGAACUACUGAAUUUCUCACAGAGAGGACAUAUCCUUCAACUUUCCAAUUUCAAGGACGAUUCAAGUCCAAUAGCUUGGGAUUGCUCAGCCUGGGUACGUACAUAUGCUUUAUUUUUGGAGGAACGACUUGAAUGCUUUAGAAUUCUGAAGUAUGACAUUGAAGCUGAGCGCCUUCCAAGACCUGUCCAAGGGCAGGAUAAGGGCUACAGCAGAACGAGGGAUUUGGAAAGUGAAGAACUGUUGGAACAGUUGCCUGCAUUGCAGCAGCUGCUGUAUCGUCUUGUUGGUUGCCGGCCUGAAGGUGCAGCUGUUGGCAACUAUGUUAUACAGUAUGCUCUAGCACUGGUAUUGAAAGAGAGCUUUAAAAUCUACUGUGCUAUUAAUGAUGGAAUUAUCAAUCUUGUGGAUAAGUUUUUUGAGAUGCCAAGACAUGAAGCUGUGACAGCCCUUGAUGUCUACAAACGAGCUGGCCAGCAGGCUGUUAGCCUUUCUGACUUCUAUGAAGUUUGCAAAGGAUUGGAACUCGCAAGGAACUUCAAUUUUCCUGUUUUAAGAGAACCACCACAAUCCUUUCUGACAACCAUGGAAGAAUAUAUAAGAGAGGCACCCAGAGUUGUUUCCGUUCCUAACGAGCCAUUGCUUCAAUUAACAUAUAGACCAGAAGACGGCCCUUCUGAAGCCGAAGAGACCAAUUUACCCAGUGAUGAACCUGAACCAGCACCUAAAGAUGAUGUUGCCAUCUCCAAUGUUGAGAUUGCUCCUCCCACUCCUCCUACACCUCCUCAAAACAAGAUGGACACUGGAGACUUACUGGGACUCGAUUAUGCUGCCCCUGAUGCAUCAGCAAUUGAAGAAAGUAAUGCAUUGGCUCUGGCUAUAAUUCCAACUGAACAGAAUGCUGCACCAACAUUCAAUUCUGGUGCUGGUCAAGCUAAGGAUUUUGAUCCUACUGGAUGGGAACUUGCCUUGGUUACCACUCCAAGCACCAACAUUUCUUCAGUUAAUGAGAGGCAACUGGCUGGUGGAUUAGACUCACUCACGCUGAACAGUCUGUAUGACGAUGCUGCAUAUAGAGCUGCCCAGCAGCCUGUUUAUGGGGCACCAGCUCCAAAUCCAUUCGAGGUACAAGAUCCAUUUGCAAUGUCAAACGGCAUUGCUCCUUCUGCUGGAGUUCAAAUGGCUGCAAUGGCUCAACAAGCCUCCAAUCCCUUCGGUCCAUACCAACCUGCCUAUCCACAGCCGCAGCAGCAACAUUUGCUGAUGGGCCCUACAAAUCCUUUUGGUGAUACAGGGUUUGGGACAUUUCCCGUGAAUACUGUCGCUCAUCCUCAUGUUAAUAAUAAUCCAUUUGGAAGCACAGGCCUUUUGUAAACCGAAACAAACCAUUCAAAAUUUGUAAUGUAGCUGAUGCAGUUGCUUUUUGUGCAUUGAAAAUGAGCGAGGCAUUGUGGGUUUAGGUCCAAGACUCACGAGAAGAUUGAUGGUUUGCGGCAUGAAUCAUAUGUUUGCCUGGGUUGUAGAAGUUAACAGGUGAAUAGUGUAUUAUGGAUAAUUAGUUGAUACGUACGGAUUAUAAUAAUUGUAAUUGAUUUUUGAAGAAUCUCUCCAUGUGCAGGUGUUUUACAUGAGUACAGUUAUGUUUAUUUCGUUUGUU